UUCCGAGUACAGAAGUGGCUCAUAUACGGUACAACGAUAGCCACAAUUCGAUCUGAUCUGUUGCUUAAGCUAUUAGUUAGAAAAUUGAUCAGUUGGAUCUUGUCGGAGAGAAAGCUGAGUCGUAUUAUGGAGGAAGAAAGAAUGGAGCAGAUUCAUGCGCUCAUGUUUCCCUGGCUCGCACAGGGCCACAUCGGGCCUUUCUUCCAGCUUUCCAAAAGGCUUGCUCACCAUGGACUCAAAGUAACAUUCCUCUCCACACCGCGUAACAUUACAAAAAUUAGGCCAUUGUUACUACAUGAGAAUGGGAAGAUCGAUCUUGUGCAGCUGCCGCUGCCAGCGGUGGAGGGGCUACUAGCCGGCGCAGAGAGCACCUCCGACGUCCCCAAUGAAAUGGAAGCCUUAUUAAAGACGGCGCUGGAUGCCCUGGAGCAGCCAUUUGAAGACCUCUUACACCGGCUCUUACCUGAUUACGUGGUCUACGACUUUUCACAGUACUGGGCUGCAACUGUUGCUGCCAAGUUUGGUAUUCCGGCAAUUUUCUUCCUCACUUUUAACGCUGCAUCAUGUAGUUAUCUUCUUCAUCCCAGCAGAGACAUGGAAGAGAAAACCACUGUUGAGGACUUGAUCGUACCCCCGCCUGCUUACCCAUCUACUCGAGUUGUUUGGCGGCCCUUCGAAGCGCGGUAUAUUGUAGGUGCUUUGAAAGACAAUAACGGGCAGAUCUCAGUCAUGCAGCGCUUCUUUAAAUCAGUGCAUGGAUGUUCCUUUAUUAUCAUCAGAUCGUGCUUGGAAAUGGAAGACAAGUUUAUACAAUAUCUGGAGAAAGUUAUCGGGAAGGCAGUGGUUCCUGUUGGUCUUUUGCUACCGGAUCUUCCCCAAAAGAGGAUUUCAGAGCAGGAAUCCUUAUGUCUAAGAUGGUUGGACAAGCACCCGGAUUCGUCUGUUGUGUAUGUAUCGUUUGAAAGCGAAUGUUUUCUAUCGAAAGAGCAUAUCGAUGCGCUGGCACUUGGCUUAGAGGCGACGGGCCUGCCGUUUCUGUGGGUGUUGCGCUUCCCUCGCUUUUCUAAGGAGGGAUGCAGUGCGUCCAGCUUACUACCCGAGGGUUUUGAGUCUCGAACUGGAGACCGAGGGCUUGUUUACAGCGAGUGGGCGCCGCAGCUGCAGAUUCUUGCGCAUCCAUCGGUGGGUUUGUUUCUGAGCCACUCGGGAUGGAGCUCUGUGGUGGAGGCAGUGAAGUUUGGAGUGAAACUUGUACUUGUUCCCAUGAAUGUGGACCAGGGUCUUAACGCCAGGCUUGUGGGAGGAGAACUUAAGUUGGGGUUGGAACUGGAAAGAGAAGAGGAUGGCAGUUUCACGGAGGAUCAGAUUCGAACGGCCGUGCUUAAGGUGAUGAAGGAAGAGUGCGAGGAGGUAAUAACUGUGAAAUCGAGAAUGAGUGAAAUGAGAGAGAGCAUAUUUGGCGACAGCGGAUUAGAAGAAAAAUACAUCAGGGAGUUUAUCAAACGCCUGAAGGUCUCUAAACCACCGAAUCAGUCUGGUGGGCAAUGAGGACUAUGAAAGAAAAGAGAAACACUUAUUGAAAAUAUAUUUCCUUUAUGAGAAGUUAUAAGUAGCCAUCUCUUAACUUAGGAGAAAAAUGACAUUUAUUUUCGAUAUGGGUGUGUUGUAAGGUUUAUCAUUGUGGGUCUUAAUGAGAGUUGAGUCAAUUUCCAUGUUUAAAUUACAAAAAUAGACCCCCAGGGUCUAUACCCUUGAGGUGGGGGCCUAUUAGUCAUGCAAUAAAGGCCCUAUGGCUUUCUUUACCCUCCAAAAGUCUUCAUUAAGAUGAGUGAUGAAUUUGAAGGAUGGAUGAGUUGAGGGUACCAAUCCCACCCCCAUACCUCAUUCAUGAGGGAAGACUUGGGGGAAUGGGUUGUCCUAUUAUUUGUCCCCUCGUAAAUGAAGAAAAGACUUCAUGGAGGAGAGGAUGGGAAUGCGACAUGUGUCACCUUCUCAUCCAAGUCUUCAAAGUUAAUAUUUCGUAUAUUGAGUUUGUGAAGGGAGAAUGGGUUGUUACCCACUUCUCCAAUUUGGAGAACUUUUGCAGGUUAUGGAGAAAGGAAGAGAAAUUUGAGAGGAGUUCUUGUAUGUGGAGAUGGAGAUCUAUAUGCCUAACUUUAGAGAGAUAAGUCUUGUACUCCCUUUGUCAUUCUCACUUGUGUGUUGUAAGAUUAAGAUAGGUUGCAAAGUUUAUCUUAGAAUUUGGAAAGAGUAAAAUUGGUUAUGCAAAGCUGAGUGAGUGGUUAUGUGAAAUUGUGAAGAAUAAGUAUCCUUGGUCAUUGAUGUCAUAUAAGGAGACUCCAUGAAUAUAACUUGGGGCUAUAUUAGUGUUCUUGCUCGGGGGUUUGGCUAGAGCACAUGAGGCUCCAUGAUGCCAAUAUGGUUGGGUGGAGAGUAAGCCUUGUUUUUUUGUGUUUUCUCAUUGUCAUGUAUGAUUGUGAGAUCUUUCAAAGUAUUUAAAUAAAGAAUAAUUAAUGUGUAAUGAAAGAGCAAGCCUUGGUUAGUUCUUUUC